AUGCGGUUUAAUGCAGCAAUCGCCCCGGCCAUAUAUGCUUCGGCUCUUCUCGCCGGCACAGCAUUUGCGCAAGAGGAGGCUGAGACAUCCACGAGUGCAGUUGAGCGGCCCACCUUCACCCCCUCAAGCCUGAAGGCGCCUUUCCUAGAACAGUUCACCGACGAUUGGGACACAAGAUGGACUCCCUCGCAUGCCAAAAAGCAAGACUCCAAGAGCGAUGAGGAUUGGGCAUAUGUCGGUGAAUGGGCCGUCGAAGAGCCGACUGUCCUCCCAGGCAUUGUUGGCGACAAAGGCUUGGUUGUGAAGAACGCAGCCGCUCACCAUGCUAUUUCAGCCAAGUUUCCCUCCGUCAUUAACAACAAGGGCAAGACUCUUGUCAUUCAAUAUGAGGUUAAGCUCCAGAAUGGCCUUGAGUGCGGAGGUGCAUAUAUGAAAUUGCUCCGCGAGAACAAGGAGCUACACGCUGAGGAGUUUUCCAACGCCUCUCCCUAUGUGAUCAUGUUCGGUCCCGACAAGUGUGGAGCUACCAAUAAGGUCCACUUCAUCUUCCAGCACAAGAACCCCAAGACGGGCGAAUAUGAAGAGAAACACCUCAAGAGCCCUCCACAAGCCAAGACUGGCAAGAUGACCACCCUCUAUACCCUCAUUGUCAAGCCUGAUAACACUUUCGAGAUGUUGAUCGACAACAAGUCCGCAAAGAAUGGAAGUCUUCUGGAUGAUUUCUCUCCUGCAGUCAACCCUCUAAAGGAAAUUGACGAUCCAAAGGACAAGAAGCCGGAUGACUGGGUUGAAGAAGCUCGCAUUCCCGAUCCUGACGCCGUCAAGCCAGAGGAUUGGGAUGAGGAUCAACCUUAUGAGGUUGUCGACGAGGAUGCUGAGAAGCCCGAGGACUGGCUCGAGGAUGAACCGGCAACGAUUCCAGACCCAGAGGCUGAAAAACCAGAAGAUUGGGAUGAGGAAGAGGAUGGUGACUGGAUUCCUCCUCAAGUCCCCAACCCCAAGUGUGAGGAAGCGUCUGGCUGCGGCAAAUGGGAGCCUCCGAUGAAGAAGAACCCUCUCUACAAGGGCAAGUGGACUGCUCCUUUCAUCGACAACCCUGCCUACAAAGGAGUUUGGGCACCACGCAAGAUUCCCAACCCUGAUUACUUUGAAGACAAGACUCCUUCCAACUUCGAGCCCAUGGGAGCAAUCGGUUUCGAAAUUUGGACUAUGCAGUCUGAUAUCACUUUCGACAACAUCUACAUUGGUCAUUCCGUCGAAGAGGCCGCGGCGUUCCGCGCCGAAACUUUCGAUGUCAAGCGGCCCAUUGAAGAAGCCGAGGAGGAGAAGAGCAGGCCCAAGCCCGAAGACCUACCCAAGUCGCCCUCCGACAUCAAAUUCAUGGAUGACCCGGUCACUUUUAUCAAGGAGAAACUCGAUCUAUUCAUUACCUUGGCCAAGAACGAUCCGGUUGAGGCCAUCAAGUUCAUGCCCGAGGUUGCAGGCGGAAUCGGCGGCGCUGUGGCAUUGGUGAUUGCUAUCGUUGUGGGCCUCACAAGCAUGGGCGGCUCUUCGGCUCCUAGCAAGGAGGACGCUCACAAAGCCGCGCAGAAGGCGAAGGAUACUGCCACCAAGGUCAAAGAGAAGGUGCAGAUUGCCGCAGCGAGUGGUGCGGAGACGAUAAAGGCUGAGCCUGGUAAGAGAGCUACUCGAUCAACCGGCAACUCUGAGUAA